GUAGCAAUCUCGGUUUAGUUAGCCUUUUUCGAAAAAGUCAAAAAUGUUUGUAAGUCUUCAACCUGUCUUACUUGCCAUAGUACUCGUAGUCUUUGGCACAAAAAAUGGAAGGACUUUAUUAAUUCAAAGUGCUCGAAAUUCACUUCAUCUAGUUCCAAUAUCUAUUCGGCGAUUCCUGCUGGCCAACUCAUCGUUAAUACCACUUUGGGUUUCACGAAUGCUCAUGUACAUAGCAACCAGUCCGACAGAAAAAGAACACAAAUGGAUUCAAAAAGUGGCUGAGGAGACAUGGAAAGGUGUAUGGAUAGCGCCAAAUAUAAACAGCGUCAAAGAAGCAGAGGAAGUGGCAUUAAGUAACGAUUUGACUAUCUUGUAUGUUCACGGUGGUGGAUUCUCGAUGGGACACCCUACCAUGUUUAUGCCGACAUUUCAGUUGAUGAUUAAUCAACUUUAUAAAGAACAUAAUAUCAAAUCAAGCAUACUUUCAUUGGAUUAUAGUCUUUCACCAGAAUAUGCUUGGCCCAAAGCAUGUUAUGAAUCAGUAGAUGCGUAUCGAUAUUUGAUUCAUAAAUUAGGAGUGUGUCCGUCCAAAGUUAUAUUGGUGGGUGAUAGUGCUGGAGGAAAUUUAGCGGCAUCUACCUUGUUAAUAUUGCGAGAUCAACGAAGCCACGAUGCAUUAAAGUAUUUACCACCAUUAUCAUCACCCGCAGGAGCAGCACUACUGUCGCCAUGGGUCGAUCUCGCGCCCGUUCUCGCCAAGUCUAAGAUGGACACGCUAAGCCCGAGCCAAUUAACCCAAUUUAGGUUGAAUUAUCUUGGGAAAGAUACUAAAGUCACAGAUCCACUUGUAUCGCCCUUACAUGCAGACUUUAAAAAGAUUUGUCCAUUGUUCAUAUCAUUUGGAGAAAAUGAGAUAUUAAAGCCAAGUAUCGAGCAGUUUAUCACACAUUUAGAACGAGACGGGCGUGAUAUCACGAUAUUGAAAGGAGAAAAGGAGUCACAUAUCUGGUUAGUCUAUAGUUUGAUGGCAACAUCUAAACAGGUUUAUGAGAGGGACUGUAAAAUAUUCAUAAAUUGGAUUGCAUCGAGAACAGCCAAAAUUAAAUAAAAUGACGUCAAUUGUAAAGUA